AUGGCUUCGCCGGCUGAGAAAGUGUCGUCCCAGACGGGAACCAAGACGGCGUCGACUCCCUCCGAAGUGGCCUCCGUCAAGAAUGGUGUCGUCCAAGAUGCCGGGGUCGGCGUCGUCAUGACCCAUGACGAAUACCAUCUGGCCACGCUGGGAUACAAACAGGAGUUCAUCCGGUGUCUGGGCUUCUUUGAGUCCUGGGCGGCGACCUUCACUUCCAUGAAUUUCAUUUCGGGUAUCCCGGUUCUCUUUGGCUGGGUGAUGUAUACGGGAGGUCCGAAGGCCGCCUUCGCCAACUGGACUAUGGUCGGGGGGUUCUCUUGCUGUGUGAGUCUGGUGAUGGCUGAACUGGGUGCCGCUCUGCCCACAACGGGGGGCAUAUACUUUUGGAGCUUCCGUCUGGGAGGAGAGAAGUAUGGGCCCUUUCUGAGCUGGAUGACCGCCUGGUGGAACUGGGCUGGCUGGGUCACGGUUGUCCCUGGCGUGCAACAAGGCUCGACCAAUUUUUUGGUUUCCGCCCUUAUGAUCAAAUAUCCGGAUGCUGAAGUCUUGGACAAGGGCUGGUUUCUGUGGCUGCUCACCAGCAUUGGCAUGAUCUUCGCCAUGAUCCCGAACGUGUACAGCCCCAGGCUGCUGCAGUACUAUUUUCGAUUCGCCGUGGCCAUCUUCUUCAUCCUCUUCUUCAUGUACUGGAUCUGGUUCCCCAUCAAGGCUGCCGAAAAACACUUCAACUCAAGCUCCGGUGUCUUUGACCUCUUCUAUAACGGCAUCAAUGCUGGGGCAGAGAAAGAGGCGUCAGACGCCUACUGUUGGAUCAUCUCGGUUCUUUUUGGAGCUUGGGUCUUCUAUGGAUACGACGCGGCGGCCCAUCUUAGCGAAGAGUUGAACGACGCGUCAGUUGUCGUUGCCAAGGGUAUCUAUUUGUCGACAUUUUCCGCUUGGCUGCUCUCGAUCCCGACACUCAUCAUCGUGCUGUUCUGUAUGCAGGACUUUGACGGCAUCAUAUCCGCCUCAUAUGCCAACAACUGGGCCGAGUAUCUGGUCCAACUGCUCGGCGAGAAUGGCGCCGUGGCCAUUCUGUCGAUGCUCUGGGUCGAUUCGACCUGCGCCACGGCCAGCUGUUUCAUGUCCGCUCAGCGCGUCACAUACGCCAUCUCGAGAGACCACGUUCUUCCAUUCAGCUCUGUCUUCCGGAAGCUCUCCAAGCGGAAGAUGGCCGUCAACGCGGGGCUUCUGGUUUGCGCCAUCUCGAUCGCCGUUACCACUGCAGUCAUCGGUUCAACCGUCGCUUUUUCUGCCAUCACAGCGACUGCAACAAUUGCCACCAAUGUGUCGUAUCUGUUUCCCAUUGUCGCGAGGCAGACUGUCGGCCGCAAAACAUUCGUGCCCGCGAAGUGGAAUCUAGGCAAAUUCUCUGCACCAAUUGCCACGAUAGCCACAUUAUGGAUUUUAUUCCUGUUUGUGGUUCUGAUUCUACCGCAAUUAUAUCCCGUUGACGCCGAAACCCUGAACUAUGCGCCAAUUUGCAUUGGCAUCAUUUCCAUCAUCAGUCUUGCGGGGUGGUGGUUCCCCAAAUGGGGUGGGCGACAUUGGUUUGUAGGUCCUGUCAAGACACUCAGCGACGCCGAGUUCAGAAAUAUUCGGGUCGAAGGUGGAGAGGCGACCGUCGAGGAAGGAGAGGCCAUGGCAAACAUGAGGUUUGGACAUAGGAAGAGUGUGAGCGAAUAA